GUUUGUGCAAUCAUUCUUGCAUGAAGAAGUCCCAAAUGAAUCAUUUUCGAUUCGUCAUCAUUGCAUAAUGUUACAUUUGUGUGGGAGUACAGCUGCAGACUGAGAUUUGGGUGUAUGUUAAAGGUAAACACACAGGUCUUCGGCGAACAGUUCUUGACAGCUGUCCCGUUUCUGGCAUUUCCACCGCUCGGCAUUCCAGCUGUCUGAUGUCAUGGCUCCGAAAACCUCCGUGUAGUCUUCCGCCACGAAGGAACUAUAAGUUACUUUGAAGCGUCUGUUCAAGAAAACAAGGUCAACCAGCGACUUCGUACACCUUCGCAGAAGGUUUGAAGAAUAUUAGAGUGUACGCCGUGGAAGAAAAUUAACAACUGAAGCGCGAACAGUAAAGCUAACAGAGCCGCGGAUGUAGACGGAAUACACUUGUUGCUCUUCCAAUCCCAGGAAGCGAAACACGCUGGGACUUGAGUGAACUGUUGGACCAAGAGACGCAUGGGUCGCUACAUUAGUUUCAAUCCACUAACAAACUACUGACAAAUAUACCGAGUGUGAUUCAGAUGAGUGUUUUAAAAACCAGCUAUCGGUUGACCUCGAUGGCGGAAUCCCUGAGGACCGAGUCUUUGUUGGGCUGAUAAAUUGCAUCUGGUGGCUAACGAUUUGCCUGUCGAUGAUGAACCUCGUGACUUGUUGCGCUCUCACAGUUUUCUAUCGGACUACUGCAGGACAGCACUUUCUGUGGACGGAGUGAAGACCUCCCCCCCCCACACACACACACCUUUCAGAAGUGUGAAACAUGCCCUUGCCAUUUGGCUUAAAACUCAAAAGGACCCGAAGGUAUACCGUUUCGAGCAAGAGCUGUCUUGUCACUCGGAUUCAGCUUCUCAAUGGGGAGUUUGUUGAGUUCACACUUUCGGUGGAAAGCACUGGACAGGAAUGUCUGGAGGCAGUCGCUCAGAGGCUCGAGUUAAGAGAGAUAACAUACUUCAGCCUGUGGUACUUCAACAAGCAGAACCAACAGAGAUGGAUCGACUUGGAGAAGCCGCUGAAGAAGCAGCUCGACAAGUAUGGCCUGGAGCCCACCGUUUACUUUGGAGUCGUGUUUUACAUACCCAGUGUCACCCAGCUGCAACAGGAGAUUACAAGAUAUCAGUAUUACCUACAACUGAAGAAGGAUGUUCUGGAGGGCAGGAUUUCAUGUUCACUAGAGCAAGCUAUUCGUUUGGCUAGCCUGGCGGUGCAAGCUGACUUCGGAGAUUUCAAUCGAUAUGAUUCCCAGGAGUUCCUCCAGAAGUUUGCACUGUUCCCUAUUGACUGGAUUCAGGAUGAGCGAGUAUUGGAAGAGGCCACUCAGAAAGUGGCGCUUCUUUAUCAGUCCUUCAGGGGCUUGUCACCCCCAGAAGCAGAGAUGCUGUACAUGCAAGAAGUAGAGAAAAUGGAAGGAUAUGGUCAGGAAAGCUACCAAGCCAAGGACAGCACAGGUACAGAUGUAACCCUGGGAUCCUGCCUCGACGGCAUCUUUGUCAAGCACAAAAACACACGCCCGCUUCUUAUAUUUAGGUGGCACGAGAUUAACAACAUGAGUCACAACAGGUCCUUUUUUGCCCUGGAGCUAUCCAACAGAGAGGAGAGUGUUCAGUUCCAGACCGAAGACAUGGAAACCUCCAAAUAUGUGUGCCGGAUGUGCCUGGCCAGACUCAAGUUUUAUAAGAUUAACAAGAGUAGCCUAGAGGAGUGUGACCCCCUGCCUUCUGAGGUCUCCCAGAAGUCCCUUCUCACUCUUUCCUUUCCUCGUUUUCCAAUGCUCUCUCGUCCCUCUCUGCCUUCUAAUAAGGGCCAAAACCAGCCCACAGUGGUCAACCCAGUCAGACGGAGAUCAUCCACUAGAAUGUCUCUGCCAAAGCCACAGCCCUACAUGAUGCCACCUUCGCAAAUGCACUACAACGGCCAUUUCACAGAACCUUACACAUCAUCACAGGACAACCUGUACAUGAACAGUCAGAACGGUUAUUACUACCACUCUCAGACCAGCCUGGACUGUCCUCCUCUGGAGUACACCAGUGGAGGGCGCUUACGGAACGGCAGCGUGUACAGUGCCCACAGCACCAGCUCUCUAACCAAUCCACAAAACUACCUUCAGCCGUCACCCAUGUCCUCCAACCCCUCCAUUACCAGCGACAUCACCAGGCCGGACUACGUCCCCUCUCACCGCCACAGCACUCUCAUCCCGCCCUCCUACCGCGCCACUCCCGAUUACGAGACGGUCAUGCGCCAGAAGAACCGAGGUCCAGGCGGAGGGAUGGUUUUGUCUCAAGAGCACCGACAGAGCCACUCGAUGAGGAACCUUAACAUCGGAAACUCGUACGCUUACAGUCGACCAGAUCCUCUAGUUUACAGCCAGCCGGAGAUAAGGGGGGAGCACGGAGGGGCGGCUCAUCACCACCACUACCCCUUCCAUCUGGGCUCCAGCUUCCACAGUCCGUCUCCAUACCCCUACCCCACAGAGAGGAGGCCUGUAGUGGGCGCAGUCAGUGUCCCGGAGCUGACAAAUGUCCAGUUACAACACGCGCAGGAGUAUCCAGCCCCCAACAUCAUGAGGACGCAGGUCUACCGACCGCCUCCACCCUACCCCUACGCUCACCCCCGGCCUGCUAACAGCACACCUGACCUCUCCCGUCACCUGUACGUCAGCAGCAGCAAUCCAGACCUGAUCAUCACGAGGCGCGUGCAUCACUCGGUCCAGACGUUUCAAGAGGACAGUCUCCCUGUUGCUCACUCUUUACAAGAGGUCUCCGAGCCUCUUUUCAGCGGACCCCAGCACAGACACCCGUACAAUGCCCAGAAGCGUAACUCCAUUGAGAUUGCCGGUUUGGCGCACAGUCUGGAGGGGAUGAGGGUCAAAGAGCGAACGGUGUCGUCGUCGUCGGCAGCGGAAACGGCCACGCCCCCUCCAGCGCUGCGCGGCGGCCGCUCUCAGGGCUCUCAGCUCAACGUGUAUUUGGAACGUACGAAGACCGGGGAGGAUAUCAAGGAGGACGUGCAGUACGGACACAAAAAGUCUCUUUCCGACGCCACCAUGCUCGUUCACAGCAGCGGCGAAGAAGAAGAAUUCGAGGACGACAGUGGACGUCACACUCCGCUUUCUCAGGACGCCAUCCGAGCCAUCGUUCCCGAGCAGCCGUCCCAGCAGCACCACAGCCUGACGUCGCUGUCUUCUCUGACGCCUCAGCUGCAGACGCCCAUGGAGCCGCCUCCUGCGUACCCCAUCGGCUCCACCCUCGACCCCUCUAUUACCGGCCCCUCCACCUACAAGGUUCACACUCUGAUCCAUGAAAGCGAGCCCCUGUACCUGCUGUCAGAUUUACGCCAGCCCAGGAUUAUGCCCUCGGUCUCCGAGGGAGACCUGAGCGGCCAGAACAAGCAGAAAACCAGGAAAGACUUCAAGAAGAGACCUGUGUCUGACGUGCCUCCCGGGAAGAAAACAGUGGAAGGUUUGCCGCCUCCGGGCAUGAAGAAAGGAUCAAGGUCAGAGGUGAAGAAGGACCCUCUGAAGGCUGAGCCCAUGAAGAUGGGCCCUCUGAAGAUGGCCCUUCUCAACGGCUUGUCGGUGUCCCGGCAGCCGUUGCACGACGAGGUCAAGGAUGAGCCUGAGCAAGCCUCUAAUGACGAGAGGUGCAAAGUGCUGGAGCAGCACAUGGAGAGGGGCGAGCUGCUGAAAGAGUACGAGAGCAUCCCCAAGCGCCACCCGGGAGCAGAGUGCAGCAUCGCCCUGCAGCCGGAGAGCGCGGACAAAAACCGCUUCCACGACGUCAUGCCUUACGACGACAACCGCGUGGAGCUGGUCCCCACGAAAGAAAACAACACGGGCUACAUCAAUGCGUCGCACAUAAAAAUAACAGUGGGCGGACAGGAGUGGAGUUACAUUGCCACACAGGGCCCAAUGUCCAACACGUGUUCGGACUUCUGGCAGAUGGUGUGGGAGCAGGGCGUCUCCAUAAUCGCCAUGGUCACUGCCGAAGAGGAGAACGGUCGGGAGAAGAGCUUCCGCUACUGGCCCCGACUCGGCUCGCGGCACAACCCGGUGACGUACGGCCGCUUCAAGAUCACCACGCGGUUCCGCACGGAGUCCGGCUGCUACGCCACCACGGGGCUUAAGAUCAAACACCUCCUGACCGGACAGGAGAGGACUAUCUGGCACCUGCAGUACACGGACUGGCCUGACCACGGCUGCCCCGAGGACCUGAAAGGCUUCAUCACCUACCUGGAGGAGAUCCAGUCGGUGAGGAGACACACAAACAGCAUCAGCGACCCAAAGAACACCAACCUACCAGUGCUGGUCCACUGCAGUGCUGGAGUGGGUCGCACUGGAGUGGUCAUCCUGUCUGAGAUCAUGAUAGCUUGUCAAGAGCACAACGAGAGGUACACUGUCCCGGAGGUCCUGAUGGAGCUGCGCGCUCAGAGGAUGAUCUUGGUUCAGACUUUGUCUCAGUACACGUUCGUCUACAAGGUCCUCGUCCAGUACCUCCGCAACUCAAGGCUGAUCUGAUCGUAAAGGAUUGCAGUGAGGAUUUUACAUUUAUGCCAAACUGUGCUGCAACAAUGCAGCUGUUUAAAUCUGUUUAAAAAAAAAAGAAAAAAAAAGAAAGACUUGGGCGGAAAGUAUUAAAUCAGGCAAGGUGAUGAUGCAUGAAGGCGUGGAUACACAAAGACCACAUGAAGGAGCAAAAAAUACCUGUGACCUGCCUCUAAACAGUAUUAUCUAUAUAUUAUUUUUACAUAUUGCUUCAUAAAGCUCAGCACUUUCACAGUACCUUGCUGUAUAUAACGAACCAACACUAAGCUGUGUUAAAUAAAUCUGUUGUAGGUAUGUAUGGAGAACAAUUGAUUCACUUGCAUUUGACAAAGGACACUUUUUAGAGGAGGAUAUUUUGGAUUGCUGUUGCUUUUUUUUUUUUUUUUUGUUCAAAAAAAUGAAGGACUUUUCUAUAGUCAUGAAGUGAAGAAGUAAAAUGACAAAUGGAAUGUUUGACUAUUGAGCCUGAAAUAGAGAUUUUUAACGCGUGAACUCCGGUGGGAAGGCAGACAGACCACACAACGGUGCUAAACGAAACCACGAGCACAGACAUGUGGCCGCGUAGAAGUUUAACUCGGAUGUCUACAUAGAAAAUAGCCGCACCUGAAUCGGGGGGGCGGCGUGCUGUGUAAAACACUGGAACGACGGGAAGUGACAAAUCUAUACUUGAGGGGGUGAAAAGACAAAAUAACAUGUAUAUCAGCAGGUUCUGGGUUUUCGAGUAAAACUGGAGAAUUGAUUUUAUACUUCUGUUUUUAAUAUCAUUUUGUAUCUUUAAAAACCGUUGAACUCAGAGUGCGAAAUAUACUUUCAGCUCUUGUUUUGUGAAGACAAAGAACCUGGAUAACUGCACUGUAAAGCUGUUUUGUAUCUUGGCUAAAUAUGAGGAAAAGGUUUCUUAUUCAGUGUCAUCUUUGCAAAAAAAAACAAAAAAAAAAAAUACAACGAACAACGUGAAUGAAUUCAUCUCAGAUUCCUGACUUAAACGGCAGCUGGGCCUUUUAUUACAUUUAAAACCAAGAAGACCAGGACAUGCUGAAGUGUUCAGAUAGAAUUAACUGCGUGCAGUGUGCUGGGCCUUUUUCUUUUUUUUUUGGCGUCACCUCUGUUGGCCACAGUGUUCAGUGAAAGUGUGAAGUCUGAUGGAAAGAUCGGCUCCAGUUUCAGUAUUCUGGCUGCAACACUUGUUUUCGCUCCAGCGAGAAAUAGCUCUCGACGGAGAUAACUUCCUACUCAAACAAAUGGCUUCCUGACUAUUAACGAACAAUGAGCGUGGUUGUGUUUAACUGGACUCGGGUCUAUUUCUUCCUGCAGCUUUAAGUAGAAAUCGGAAUGAAGUGAAUCUGCACAGAGACAAUGUUUACAGGCGCUGUGAGGAGUCGAGGAUCAUGUGAAGUAUUUAAUUUUCAAAAAUCGACGGUGCCAACUUGUAAUGUGGCCAAAGUGAGGUGAUCCUAUGGUUUUAUUUUUACUUAAAAAUACAUCUGAACUGAUGCCGAGAUAGAGUGCAACUGCAUCUUUUUGAGACUUGCUACAGAUUCUGUGUUUUUGGUUUCAGCAUUUAAAAAAAAAAGUCUUAAUUUGGAGACUGAAAAGUGGCUUUGUGUUUUUGUCCGAGGUGUAAACGUUUAGUCCAUGUACAGGUAUGCUGUUCAUAAUGUACACAAUGUAAAAUCAUGCAUUACUGAAUAUUGGUCAUUGUACAAACUGUGUAAAAAAAAAAAAAUGUAUCUAUUCGACAAAUGUUGGUAUGCCAUGCAUUGGAAAAAUGAAUAAUGUGUAGAAGACAAACCUUUUUCAGAUGAGAAUAAAUGUUUGGAAAUAAAUCUCCA